AUGGCCCCAAAACGCGUCUUUCAGAGUAGCGCAACACACUCACCCUGUCAGAUACUGUCCCCUUUGGGCCUCCCAGUCCACCCAUUUCCGAGCUUCCACCCAGGUCCCUCUCAAGGUUUUAAACGUGUCUUACUAGUCAAGAAGCUGGAUGGUGCAGACGCAAGACUUGCAGGCCACUUUGAUGUGAUUUCAGGCACCAGCACUGGUGGCCUCGUGACUGCAAUGCUAGCUACCCCUAAUGAGCAAAACCGCCCUUUAUUUGCCGCCAAAGACAUUAAUGACUUCUACCUUGAGAACUGCCCUAAAAUCUUUCACCAGACGGAUACUAACUGUAUACUCUCUGGCAAUAGGUCUCCAUUGGCUUCAGCUGGAAAUCUGAUCAAGAGUUUGAGAGGACCAAAAUACGAUGACAAAUUUCUGCAUAGCAUUGUCAAGGAAAAAUUGGGAGAUAAACGCCUGCAGUACCAGACCAUGACAAACAUUGUGAUCCCAACUUUUGACAUCAAGCGCCUUCAGCCAACAAUCUUUUCAAGCUAUCAGGUGAAGAACAACCCAUCCACGGAUGCCCUUUUAUCUGAUAUAUGCAUCGGGACUUCAGCUGCCCCAACUUACCUCCCUGCCCAUUAUUUUGAAACCAAGGACCCGUCAGGCAAAAAGCUGGAUGGUGCAGACGCAAGACUUGCAGGCCACUUUGAUGUGAUUUCAGGCACCAGCACUGGUGGCCUCGUGACUGCUAUGCUAGCUACCCCUAAUGAGCAAAAGACAUUAAUGACUUCUACCUUGAGAACUGCCCUAAAAUCUUUCCCCAGGACGGGUUUUUUUUCAUUAUCCUUUCGCUGUCCUCUCACGAAGGCUGGUCCAACAAAAGAACAGCAUCGGCUAGGUUUUGGGGUUAAUGAUGCACUCUUCAUCUAUAAGAGAUUGAUUAAUCAGUUUUCUUUAUCAAUUCAUCGCUCUGACAACGAAUAA